ACCGCGUGGAAGGACGAGUACCGCGGCGUGAAUGCAACUGCUCACGGGGCAGCGUCGAGCGCGGCGGGGGGUGUGACGUUCAGCGGCGCCGGGGCGGAGUGGCCCGUGGGGAAACUGGGGCAGAACCAGCCGUACUACUUUGCGAACAACAAGUUCGCUCUCGCGGCGACGGUGAUCAUCCACGCGGUGCCGGAGAAGGACGACGACACUCCUUUGCUGGGCGUGAGGAUGACUGACGCAGCCAACACUGUGCUCUUUGGCCUGUCGUACACGAGCAAGAGGAAGUGGAAAGCCAAACUUGAUAAUGCUGCUGCCGAGGAGCAUGCUGAGGCGUGGGCACCAGUCACGGCAGUUCAAGUGGCGCUGCAAACGGAUUGGGACGAUUGGUCUUUGUACGUUGGUAGGCAGAGGAUUUACGGAAAGAAGUACAGUGGCGCUCUGUUCAACUCACACCGGAUAACACACUUCCUUUUCGGCAUGGAUGGCACGCACACGGCUGUGGGCAGCCCCAACGUGACGGUGGCGAACGUCCUGUUGUACAGCCGCGUGCUGGGCGUGGGUGAUCUGCAGCGACUGCAACUCGGCAGCUGCACGAUUCCGCCGCGGGGUGCCGAGAGGGCGGUCGCGGCGGUGUUGCGGGGGCGGCUGCCGGGCCGCACGCCGAAGUCGGCGUUGCCAGCGACGCUCAGCCGACGGCGGUUGAUGUUGCAGCCGAAGUUGACCACUGGCGACGCUUCUGUGCCUGCACGGCCUCAUCCUCCACCACCACAGAACGCAGACGCUGGCUUGGCGUCCGGUGAGGGAAGGGGUGACGGCACUUUGCGUGGACGUGUGUCUCGGGCAAUGCUGUUGACUCUUCUUCGGCUGCGGGGCGCUGUGGCACACUUCUGA